CGUCCCACGAACAACGGCGUGGUCUUUCAGGACUACUUCCCGACCAUGGUGGAGAAGCUGGGGACGGAGGGGUUCAUGAGGGAAACUGAGGAAUGGGUUUCGGCUGUGCUGAUGGAUAAAGAGAAGGAGGUGAUCACGUUCGAGAGCUUGAAGAAGAACUCUGCCUCGCUGGGUUUGCAGGGGAUGAGCGACGAUGAGAUAAUGUGUAUGCUCAGGGAAGGUGAUUUGGACGGAGACGGAGCUCUUAAUGAAAUGGAGUUUUGCACUUUAUGUUCAGGUUGAGCCCUGAUUUGAUGAACAGUUCCAAGUCCCUCUUGGAGGAAGCCAUUUUUACUCAA